AUGAAUCUUGUGAACUACCACCCUGUCAGUGCCCAGCGGCAACAAGCGUACACCUUCAGAAGGCAAGGAUGGCCCAUGGGAGGAUCUCCGUCGUUUGAGGAGGAUUUGACAGAGUCGGACGGGAAUGAUCCACAAACUGUGCAGGAACUCACUGAUCUCGUCCGAGGCCUUCGAACGGGGACCGUGAGAGGGCUGGAAUACAUCAGCACGUAUCAAUUACUCCACCGAUGCAUCGCCCAUGGGGAUCCUUCUCAACUGCUUCCACACAAUGGUAGUGGCAUGAGCGCCGGGUCUCUGAAGUAUGUCAUCAACCACUUGACCGCAGGAAACCACGCUCCAAAUAGCCAGCACGAAGGCUUUCUGAAGUGGAUAACUCAAAUCUGCAUCACGAUCUGGGUGUAUCGGUGUGACGGGGCAGACUGGCGGGAAUUGAAACAGAGUGCUAGCGCUUUGAUAUUGAGCGACAACUUCACGCCCUCUAUCAAUGAUGCGUCGUAUCUUACGAUCAUCGCCUUCGUCCUCGGUGGGGAUUUUGACCAGAUGCUCGCCGAGUAUAUCGACGCAGUUGUGUGGAAUUCCAAAGUCGAAUUCACCUGCGAAAUAGAACCGCUGCGAAAGAUCAUUAGCCGGGAGCGAAGAGCCUUGAUUGAGUUCAUGCAUCUUAGUUUCUCGCGGGUCAUGCAGAAGUUGGCGUACGACGGCGACAGACAACUCUUGGAUUUGGGCUUGAAGCUCAAUGCACGUCUCAUACAACUCGGACUAGACCUAGGAAAUCCCUUCGCGGGAACGCGGGACUUCGAGCGUGCUCAAUAUCCAGCAGCCUUUGAAUCCACAUUCCUAGGGGCGCUGAGGACGGCACAGGAAGCUUUGGGAUUCAGGCACAAUGCUAAAUCAACGAAUGGUGUCGAUUUGCAAGAGUGGAACCCUGUGCCGAGAAGGUUUGGUAAUGGCGGAGCACUCGCAGAAGCUAUCGCAGACUUCUUCAAAGGGAGUAGGCACGAGUCUGCUCAGAUUCAUUUGGAGAAUAUUCUCAGGGAGGCAAUGAGAGGGAUAGCAGAGCGGAGGCUUAGGAUUGUUGAGGCUGUGGAGGAGCUAAAGGAGACAAGAGACCAAAGAGACCGAAGAAGUGGACGAAGCGCCAGGUCGGAGGCAGAUUCCCAAGCAGAAGACGAGCUUGACCCCCAUGAAACAAACGGAACAGCGGAGAUAUGA